AUGGAGGUGGACCAGCUGGCGGAUUCGGGGGUGCAGGGGCCGCGCACCACUGAUUCUAGUUUGAGGUUGGAAGAUGUGGUUUUUCAGGACAGCAGGGCGGCGCUUCUGUGUGACACGUCCAUGAGCAGACCACGUCCUUUGGUACCGGCGGUCUGGCGCGCCCGCAUUUUUGAGGCUGUUCACUCCCUGUCUCACCCCGGUGUGAAAGCGACGGUGAAGUUGGUGAGUGCUAAGUUUGUGUGGCCUGGCCUCAAAAAAGACGUUAAGACUUGGGCCUCCACAUGGGUGGCCUGCCAGAGGGCCAAGGUGCAGCGUCACGUGAAAGCUCCCUUGGGUCCUUUUUCAGUUCCCGAGAGACGUUUUGAACAUGUCCAUGUGGACUUGGUGGGCCCUCUUCCCCCUUCCCGGGGGUUCACUCACCACCUGACCAUGGUGGACAGGACCACUCGAUGGCCGGAGGUGGUGCCCCUGUUGUCUACUACUGCGGCAGACGUGGCCCGGGCUUUUAUUUAUUCGUGGGUGGCGCGAUUUGGGGUUCCUCUGGACCUGACUUCUGAUAGGGGCCCCCAGUUCACCUCAGAGCUGUGGACUUCAGUGGCUGGGAGUUUGGGGGUUAAACUUCACCGGACCACGGCAUAUCAUCCGUAG